AUAAGGCCCUCACCAAUCUCACCAUACCUAGUAUAUAGGUAAUUGUUGCAUUGCAGCUCCGGCAACUCCGCGGAGCGACGAUCGACGAUCAUACGCGCAUACCUAGUACGACGACACACAACAGCGCUGUUGCUUUAGAUGUACAGACAUUACAGGCCGGAUAAGUAGUGAUAUAUUAUAAGUAUAUAGCAGCUUUAGGAGUAACAGGACUACCCAAGAGAAAUAAAUAUACCGCGACAAACGCGCACUCUCGGAGAAGAGUUUCAUGCAAAAGACAUGCCCGACGACUCCCUAGACUGCGGCUGUAUCAUCACAUGAACCAGGCUUUGUACGCCAACGACGAGACACCGAGCAGCGUGACCCUGAAAAUCCGUGCGUGGAAUUAAUGUACCAACCGCAGCGGCAACCAUGGAAGUUACUUGCAUCAAUUUCCAAGAAAUCUUAACUGAGUUGGAUGAUGUCUUGGACAAUGCAACAUUUUUGGCAAUUGAUGGUGAAUUUACCGGGCUCAGUUCAGGACCAGAUGCCAGUGCUUUUGACACCCCUGCCCAGUACUAUGCCAAAUUGAGAACUGGCUCUAUGGACUUUCUGCUCGUACAACUUGGUUUAUCUGUUUUCACUCACAAUCCUGCCACUAAUAAGUACAGUCAAAGAUCAUACAAUUUUUACGUAUUUCCAAAGUCUUUCAAUAGAACAACACCUGACUGUAGAUUCAAAUGUCAAGCUUCAUCCAUAGCUUUUUUAGCAAAUCAAGGUUUUGAUUUCAAUAAACUUUUUAAAUAUGGCAUACCCUAUUUAACAAAAGAGGAAGAAGAAAAGUUAAAUAAAAAACUCGAAGAAAAACAAAAGGCAAGAGAUGAAGAUGAAUUUGAUCUUAUUCCAAUUCCUGAUCAAGACAAGUCAAAAAUUGAGGAAAUCUGUUCUAAGAUAGAUAAUUUUGUUGACUCUGAAGAAAAAGAAUUUAUAAUAGACAAAUGUAAUGCUUUCAUUAGACGACUCACACACCAAGAAGUAAAAAUAAGGUGGCCAAAUAAAAUAAAACUGCAAGGCAAAAAUGAAAAUGGAAAUGCAUAUCUUGUUGCUUAUAAAGUAGGUACGGAUGAUGAAGAAAAAGUUAGAGAAGCUGAAAGGAAAGAAAAAGAAAAUCUUCAAGUACAAGAAGCCAUUGGACUGAGUGCUCUUUUAAAGAAAAUUGUUGCGACAGGAAAAUUAGUAGUAGGACAUAAUAUGCUUUUGGAUCUAUGUCACAUAAUUCAUCAAUUUUUUGGCCCAUUGCCAGAAAGCUACAAGGAAUUUAAAAACCUGGUUCACAGUCUUUUUCCAAGGCUUUUGGAUACGAAAAUUGUUUGCCAAUCUUCUCAAUUCAAAGACUCUGUUCCCUCGGUGCUAAAUCACUUAUUAGAAACAAUACAAAAUUCUCCAUUCAAACUACCCGAAACGGAAGAUGUAAGAGACCGAAGUUACACCUUAAAUAACGAUAAAUUACACGAAGCUGGUUAUGAUGCAUACAUCACUGGACUUUGCUUCAUCUCUUUGUGUGAUAGACUUGGUUCCUUACAAAAGCUACAUGUGUCAACAGUAUUGGCAGACUCUCCUUUAUUGAACCCUUACAUUAAUAAGUUAUUAAUAUCGAGAUUAAAAGAUUAUCCAUACAUAAAUCUCACAGGCAAAGAUCCAAAUCCAAGUAGAGAUCAUGUAUUUCAUAUAACUUUCCCCAAACAGUGGAAAAUAAGUGAUCUCUCGCAACUUUUCAGUCCAUAUGGAGGAGCUUAUGUUUCUUGGUUAUCGGACACUACAGCUUAUGUCGCUUUAUACAGACGCGAGCAGGUCAACGCGGUUAUAAAAAACCUCUUCAAAUCAACUCAAUGCAAUAUUCAAAAGUAUGUUGAUCAUCAGGCAAGUUUAGAAAAUGAAAAACCAAUCAAAUCGGAGCGAAAAAGGAAAAUUUCCGAGAGAGACAGCCCACCGGUGAAGGAGGAUCGGUGCGACUCGACGUCGACGACAGCCGUGGCGGCGGCAACGGCAAAGGGAGAGCCAGCGGCUAGCGAUUCCACCGGGGCAUCGCCGAGUCGGGAUGAGAACGGCUGGGAGGUGGCAUCAGGUAAUGACCAUUCGAAACUCGGGGCUCGCUGCGGGGACAAUGACUGCGACUACGGCGACUACGACGACAAUGACGACGACAACGACAAAGCAGUUGCGGAAGGGCAGCCGAGUUUGACGAUGCCGCGCCUCGAGGAGAAGUUUAAUGUCGUGCGCAAGGCGCGCCCCAAGACAUCGAGCCUCGCCGGGGCGCAGACGCCGAUCAAGUUGGGCCGUGGCGCUGUGAAAAUACCAGCGGGCACUCGCUACGAAAUCCUCAGUAACGACAGUAACGACGACGGUGACGACGACGACAACCACGCCGGGGACACUGCUGCCGUUGCGUGCCAGGCAAUCACGCGCAGCCCCAAGAAAACCACCGCCAAAAUCCAUCAGGCCGUGCUUCAGCGUAAAAAACAACACCAGCCGAGCGAUAACGGCUCGAGGAGGUCGGCCGCGCGGGCCCGGCCGGCGAGUGUCGCUAGCUGGUUCACCUUUCCGCGCCUCCUGCAGUUUGCCGGCCUCUUCGUGCUCAUUUACUUUUUUACCUUGUCCUAAGUCUGGAGUUUUGCCGAUCCUUCAACGCCCCCUCCCUUUAUGCGUAUAUGUACACCGAUAUUUUCAACACCGCGGCUCCCUUGCCGAUGUCGUUGAUCGUCUCCAAGAGGCAUAUGCAGAGUCCGCCUGCUCAAUGACUUCGCACCCAUCAUCAAUACUUCAGCGUAUUUUACAUUGUUUUUUCUUUUCUGGAUAAUCAUUACGCACCAUCGAGUAUUUGAUACACCCCAAAAGUUUUCUUUGUACAUCUACUUCUCGUUGAAUAAUCAUUGGUUGAUAGAUUCCAUCGAUGCAAUAGCUGAACUUUUUUUGUUCACAAAG